AUGUCACGAAUCCCAGGACGUCGACCAAGACCUGACCGCAAUAUUCAAAUCUGUCCACCCGGCCCCGGCGGUGAUCCUCAAAUAUGUCCACCAGGACCUGGCGGCAAUAUUCAAAUCUGUCCGCCUGGACCCGGUGGUGAUCCUCAAAUAUGUCCACCAGGACCUGGCGGCAAUAUUCAAAUCUGUCCACCCGGACCCGGCGGACCUGGCGGCAAUAUUCAAAUCUGUCCACCCGGACCCGGCGGUGAUUUUCAUCACCCAACGAGUCAAUCAUAUGAUGGUUAA